AUGGAAAACGAAAACUAUGACAAGAAGGGAAAAAUGCCAGAGUACUGGAUUCCUCUGGAGAUCGAAGACGACCGAGAGCCCGCCAGAACACCAGAAACUGGCAUCUAUCAUUCCGAAUCCUCACGUGACGCUGCUGCUGUCUGUGGCCUUGAUGACGAAGACAAUCGUCUGAUCAUGUAUAUGACGUUAGCAGUCAUGCGUGACCCCGAUCUCGAUGAGCUUCUUAAGCGAUCAGAGACGGACCCCACCUGCGGCGAAGAGAUAAGAUUACGCCUAAUCUCGCUCUACCCAAGUGCGGGGGGGAUUAAUGAUCUUUUGAGAAGGCUACAUCGGUCCCGCAUAAAGGAGGGGAAAAAGAGACCGUGGGCAGCCUCGCCGCAUAUAAUCAUUAGGCCAGCAGGAGGAAGGGUGCACCGGACCGUUGGUGGUUUGAGAUUACCAGGCACGGCCUUAGAACCUCUAGUGCGCAGAACCGAGAAUAGGAUAACUAGGCCGCCGAGAGGUCGGAAAAGGACCAGGGGGGGUACAUUGAGGCCUGAGGAAACGAAAAUCCUGGUUGACCGGUUUGAGUCAGUGUUGUCAUUUCAGGAGAGCGCGGAGAAUAAUAGCGAGGAGCCGGUUAAGGAAGACGAAAUGAGUGUUGACUGGAUCGGAAAUGGGUUUUUGGAAUAA